AUGGCCCAGCAGUUGGAGUGCCAGUUGGCGUUCAUCAAGGAGCUACAGCAGCAGAUGGCUGAGAUGAAAACAGCCAACAUGGCCGCGAAGCAGCUGGUCCAUCAUCAGCAGGAGCAACAGCAGCAGUUAAUCAUACAGCAGCGGCAACAACAGCAGGAGCAGAGGAAGCAGCAGCGACAACAGCAGCAGCAGCAGCAACAACAACAGCAGAGCGAAGAUGAUGGCAUCUGCCCAGAAGUCAUCAUCGAGGAGGAGGAAGGAGACCCCUUCAACUUUGUAGUGCGGAAAAAGAAGGCAGCCAAUAGGAAUAAGGUUAGUGCUAUCACUCAAAAACUUACUGUAAAUCCUAUUAUAAAUGUAACGGCAUAUAAUCCCAAACCAAAUAUGCAUUCGGUCAACGGCAACCAUAAUUGUAAUAAUAUUAUAAAAAUUAUAAAAUACAGAAAUACAACAAUUAAAAUAAACAUAAAUAAAGAAAAGGUUGAGGACAACAUCGACCUUAAUUAA